UUCACUAACACGAACAUUGUAAAUAAGGACAUCACCACUUGGUGGAGUUAAAUCUAUGGCAGGAAUGGGUUGGGCAGUAGGGCUGUCAGCUUCACGCUGGUAGUUUUAUCAGCUGCAGGGCCAAGAGUAACAUUUUAAAAGAAGGUGAGGUCAGCAUAUUUGUGCCUGCAGCUGGUUGCAAUUCCUCUCCUCUUGUUAUCCGUUGUUAAUCUUUCCAUUAAAGUUUAAAGAUUAAACUCUCUAUUCUUCAAGAUUAUAAAUAUUGUAAAAUGUCUUCUCCCUGCUCCACCCCCUUUAUUACUGAGUAAGAGUCAUUAGGCAUAUACACGCCAGUACUCUACAAGAACGAAUUUAAACCCGGAUCUCCUACAGUCUGUACCAACCCGGGCUCGGCCCUCCUCUUUUCAUCCAGAUCUGCUUUGCAAGCUUAAAGUCCCGUCCUGGGAAGCGCAGCAGACAGAACGAACAAAUUUCUGCUUGCCUCGGCGCGAGACAAACCGCGCCAGCUCAGGGAGCCCAGCCAAAGGAGAGAGGCCUGCCCCGCAACUUACUGCCCCAUUGGGCGGCUGCGCCACUGACAGCGGCGGCGGCGUCUCACGUAGCUAAGAUGGCCGCCCCUCUCGAGCGGGUGGCGGCGGCGGUAGUUGGAAUGGGACUGGCGUUACAGAGGGAUCGCUGAAGAAGCUGAGAGUUGCCGGUGUCCCUUAGAGGUGUGCGUUGGGCUGCGGCUGGAGACAGACGCACCAUGCGGCGGAGCUAGAACCGGAGGCUUUCACCGCGAGUAAUGAUGUUAGCUGAGACCAAUCUUUCCAAAUGGGGAUGGGGAAGCCUUGUUGUUCUGCUUUUUCUAAUUACAUUUGGACCAUUUGCCAUAUUUUACUUUGCAUUUUAUAUCUUCUGCUCUUUGGGUGGGGGCUUUGUGGUAACACUUUUAUUUGGAAAAACUAAUUCAGAGAAGUACCUUGGACAGUGUGAAGACUCCUUUCUUCCUCCAACCUCAUUUGGCAUUAAUAAGUGCAUAGAAGAAAUGAAAGAGGAAAGCAAACCUAUUAAGAUUGAUAGGAGGUUAACCGGUGCCUAUAUAAUUGAUGAACCUCUGCAGCAAAUCAUUCAAUUUUCCUUGCGUGACUAUGUUCAGUAUUGGUAUUAUACACUAAGUGAUGAUGAAUCUUUUCUUCUUGAAAUCAGGCAGACUCUCCAAAAUGCACUAAUUCAGUUUUCUUCUCGGACAAAAGAAAUAGAUUGGCAGCCUUAUUUUACUACUCGAAUUGUAGAUGAUUUUACUACUCAUCUUAGAGUAUUUAGAAAAGCUCAGCAAAGAAUAAGUGAAAGAGAUGAUCAGAUUAAAGAUGGAGCAGAAGAUCUUGUAGAUACAUUUUUUGAAGUUGAAGUUGAAAUGGAAGAGACCAUCUGUCGUGAUCUAGUCUGCACAUCUCCCAAAGAUGAAGAAGGAUUCCUAAGGGAUCUAUGUGAAGUUUUACUGUAUUUAUUGCUACCUCCCGGGGACUUCCAGAACAAGAUCAUGAGAUAUUUUGUCAGGGAAAUCCUUUCUCAAGGAAUUCUUCUCCCAUUAAUAAAUCAGCUCAGUGAUCCUGAUUAUAUUAAUCAGCAUUUCAUAUGUAUGAUUCGUGAUUCAAUUUGCAAUUAUGAGGCCUUUAUGAACAUAGUUAAAGUAAGUGAUAAAAUAGGAGAGUUAGAAGCAGUAAGAGAUAAAGCCACAGAAGAACUGCAGUAUCUUCGUUCCUUGGAUACAGCUGGAGAUGAUAUUAACCAUAUUAAAAAUCAGAUAAAUAGCUUACUCUUUGUUAAGAAAGUAUGUGAUUCAAGAAUACUAAGGCUACAGUCAGGAAAAGAAAUAGAUACUGUGAAACUGGCUGCAAAUUUUGGAAAACUUUGCACAGUCCCUCUGGACAACAUUCUAGUAAACAAUAUUGCACUACAGUUUUUUAUGGAUAUUGUUUGGAAUAGGAACAGAAUACCGUGGCUAUUCUUCCUAAUAUUGACAGAUUACAUGCAGCAGAUGGGAGGUCAAGCACAUCUUUUUUUCUGGAUAACAGUAGAAGGAUAUAGGGUUACAGCUCAGAAACAGCUAGAAGUAUUGCUGAACCAUCAGAAGGAUGGAAUGCAUCAAACAACACAAACCAAAGGUCUGUUAAGAACAGCUGCAGUUGGAAUAUAUGAACAGUAUUUAUCAGAAAAGGCUUCUCCAAGAAUUAAUAUUGAUGAUACACUGGUAGCAAAGCUGGAAGAAAAAUUAAAUAAUGAGGACCCAACUCCUGAAAUUUUUGAUCAGAUUCAAAGAAAGGUAUAUGAAUUGAUGCUGCAGGAUGAAAGAUUCUAUCCUUCAUUCAAACAGCAUGCACUUUACGUACGAAUGCUUGCUGAGCUAGAUAUGCUAAAGGAUCCUAGUUUCAGAGGAUCAGAUGAUGGUGAAGGAGAAUCAUUUAAUGGAUCUCCUACAGGCAGCAUUAAUUUGUCACUGGAUGAUCUUUCAAAUGUGUCUGCUGAUGAGUCGAUACAAUUACCUGCAUGCAUUUCAGAUACUGGAGUUUGUAAUGACCAUGGGAGGACAUAUGCAUUAUAUACUAUAACUGUUCAACGUCGAACUGCAACUACUAAUGAUGAGUGGAAAACAUAUCGCCGCUACAGUGAUUUCCAUGACUUCCAUAUGAGAAUCACUGAACAGUUUGAAAACCUAGGAAAUUUAUUGAAACUUCCUGGUAAAAAAACAUUCAACAAUAUGGAUAGAGAUUUUUUGGAAAAGAGGAAGAAAGAUUUAAAUUCAUACUUACAGCUUUUGUUAACACCCGAAGUGAUGAAAGCUUAUCCGUCUUUAGCACACUAUGUGUAUGAUUUCUUGGAAAACAAGGCAUACAAUAAAGAGAAGGGGGAUUUUGCUCGGAAGGUGGACACAUUUGUAAAUCCACUGCGUAACUCUAUGAGAAAUGUUUCAAAUGCUGUCAAAUCCAUCCCUGACAGCUUCACAGAGGGGAUGACAAAAAUGUCAGACAACAUGGGCAAAAUAUCAGAAAGAUUGGGACAAGAUAUAAAGCAAUCAUUUUUCAAGGAGCCUCCUUUAAUGCAGAAGACAUAUGUUGAUCCUAAACACUGUAGGGUUUCAGCACACCUAGAUGAUAAUGUAGAAGACAAUGUACCUCUUAAAAUAAUGCUGCUACUCAUGGAUGAAAUAUUCGAUCUGAAGGAGAGAAAUCAGUGGCUACGACGGAAUAUCAAAAAUUUGCUUCAGCAGCUUAUUAGAGCAAUGCAUGGAUAUACAAUAAAUAAAAAAAUAGUUGAUCAUGUUGAUUGGAUGACAUCUCCUGAGCAAGUAGCAGAUGCAGUUAAACGGUUUAGAGAUGCCUUUUGGCCAAAUGGCAUUUUAGCUGAAACUGUUCCCCACAGAGAUAAUGCAAUCAGAAUGCGAACACGAAUUGCUGCAAAAACAAAACUGCUGGGAGUAAUGCCUGAUGAGUUGAAGCAUAUCCUUGGUGCUGAGACAACAAGAAAAGGCAUUCUCCGAGUCUUUGAAAUGUUCCAGCAUACUCAACUAAAUAAGAGAAUGGCAUAUGUUUUCCUGGAGGGCUUCUUGGAAACCUUAUUUUCAGAGUAUGGAUUCCAUGAUCUCUUCAAAAAAUUGCAUUCACGUUCAAAGCAAAUGCAGAUAUAUAAACAUAAACUACAAUCUACACAAUCAUCUUAUUUACAGAAAAGGUGACACUCCCUACUAUAAAAUUGGUGUCCAUUUGCCCAAGACCUGGGCAUAUUCUCUGGGGCUUAAAACUCAUGUUGUUAUUCUCACACCAAUCUUUUAGAAUCUUAUAUUAGAUCAUUAAUACAUACAUAAGAAAUGUGGUUCUUCUCAUUUUUCAUCACUAUUGCAACCAUUAUCAUGAACUGGAUUCAUGUGUUUUAAAUGAUUUGGUGUAUCUUUGUGUAACAUUGAGAAGGAUACUAGUCUGUUGUGGGAAUCUCUGUCUUUUCCGAAUCUUAUAGAUUGUGAUUGCCAACAAUGAAAAAUACUAUAUUGGGUCCAUUAAUUAAAGUAAAGCUCAACUUCUAGGGUAGAAAUAGAGGACUUGACUACUUUGCUUGGAACUAGGAGAUUGUGCAAUGUGAGAAUCAGGUGUGAUUUGAUUUGUAUUAUGAGUACCUCCUAGUUCUGCAGAAGUUGGACUGGCAUGAUGAGAAAUCUAGUGGACAAGUGGUUAUAAAAAAAUCUGUGCUCUCAAAUUAUAUUUCCAAAUAAGUUAAAUAUCUGGAAAACUUUUAUGAACUUAUUAAGAAAGACUUUGUUCACAUUUUACUAUUCAGUGGAAUAGAGUAGAAAUACAAAAAAAUAAAAAUAAACAUAGAUUUAAGGGUCUUGAUAUAUUCUUCAAUUUAGUCUUUCAAGGCUACAUAUAACUUUUAAAAGAGAAGGCUCAAAACAAUUUAAAAUUAAAUCAAGCUAAUACAUUUAUUUCCUUGUUAAUAAUCUGGGAGAUUGGGGGAGAGGCAAAUAAAAGCACUAUGCUCUUGAUGUUAAAAGCUUCUUUGAAAGAAAUUGCCCUAUUUGACCAUAAAGAAAUCACUCUGAUACAUUCACUUCAACUGGUAAAUUACUAAAAUGAAUUGUUAUAAUAUGAAAGUCUUAUGAACUUUCCUAAACAGUCAUCUGCAAACAAUAGCAACUUCCUGAAUAUACCAUAGUGUGUAUAUGAUUAUCACAGCUUUUAAUAUUUUUUUGCAGAAUAUAAAUUUCAAUAAAUCUUUUCUACAUGGAAUACCUCAUCUGUUUUCUUUACUUCCACCACAAUGUCUAAUUAUGAAUGAAGUAAUAAUUAUUUGGACUUGAAUUUACAUCUUUUUUUCUUAUUUUUCUUCAAGAAUCCCCGAGACUACCAAGGAAAUACAGUUUAUUUAUUUAAACUUCAAAUAAUAUAUUAGAUAGUCUAUUUAAAAAAGAGUUUAAAUCCCUAAUAGCCAAACUAUAAUAUUUACUACUCUGAUAUUAAACAUUUUCAUUAAAAAUAUUUGGUUUUCAUUAACAUGAUUUCUUUUGAAGAAAUGUUUGACUUUUGAGUGUAAAUACUACUGUAUUUGCAGAGAUCUUGUAACUGAAGUUGCUAUUUACAUUCAGGAGAAAAUAAUAUGCAACUUCAAAAUAAAUGAAAGGUGAAAGGAGCAGCAUUGCUUCAACAAUAUGAAGCUUGCUUAGUACUGGUCAGACUGGAAAAAAAAUACAUGUUCAUUAUAAGGAGCAUGUGCUCAAUUGCAAUUGUGGUUUUUUUUAAAAAAAAUUACAGAUUUGUAUACUAUAUGUGUAAUACCUUUUAGUGGUAGCAGGACAGUUUAAGAUAAAAUACAUGAAAUAUUGUUUUCCUGUCUAUCAUGCCCAUGUUUCUAAAUAUAAAUGACAAUUGACCUUAAAAGUUUUCGUAUAGAUAUUCUUUUAUACAUUUCUGAUUCUUGAUUGUCUCUUUUUCCCAUUUCUUAAUGAAAAGAUAAAAAUAGUUUGACUAUACAAAUUAUAAUGAGAUUUAAAUAUAUAAAUUUUUCUAUUUUUUAAAAAAAAUCAAAAUUAUUUUACAUAGAAAAAUAGGACAUCAGUACUACUAUGGUUAAACUUGGUCCUAGCAUUCUGGUGCUUUUUGCAUUUUAAAUGAAAGAAUAUUGGGUCCUUUGAAUUGUUCUUGCAGUUUAAACUUGCAUCCUCUCAAUAGGUCUAUUUGACCUCUAAAUGUCCUUGUGUUCCAGGCAGUUGAUUUUUAAAGUGAUAGGCAGCUAGAAUCUACAUAGACCAUCAGACAAAGGAAACCCAGUGGGAAACAAAUUAGAACUUGCCUUCGAUUUCUCUCUUGAAUUAAUUAACUUGAAUUAAUCCUUGUAGAUUACCCAGAUCUAAAAUACAAAUGGACAAAUCGCAGUCAGGAAAAUAGAAUGUAUCUCUUAUCCAUGAAUAUCAUUUCCAGGUUAUAGGAUUAUUCUCAGUAGUUGAUUUUAGAAAUUUAUUUCAUAAAACAUUUGCAUUAAUGAAACAUAAUAUGCCUUUUAUGUUAAUAGUCACUAUACUAUAGCAUUUUGUCAUCUGUAUUUAGUUUCAAAAUGAGCCCACGGGGAGGAAGCAUGUUGUAUACAUUGCCCUAAUAAAUUAUUAUAGUACAUUGACAUUACAUGAACUGUAGCCCAUCAUUGUAUACCCUUUAAAGAAUCCACAUAAUUUAGGUUAUUGCUGCACAUAAUUAUCCACAUACAUCCAGCCUGAGAAUGAUAUGACUAGCCUCUGAAAAUAAAUGUGCCAUUGUCCAACAAAUAGACUUAUUUAGCCUUAAUUUAAGAAAAUGGAUGGUAAGGUUGAAUAUUUCAUACAGUUCAUCCUCAAGCUUCUGCCUCUGGUGUUGCUACAAAUAAACAAUUUUAAUACUACCAGAAAGUGUAAUAAUUUUAAAAAAUAAAAUAUAAACUCUGCUCUCAAUUCUAACUUCAGUGCAAUAUUUUCAUGUAAUGCAUGUGUAUUUGAAUAAUUGUAAAAAACAUUUUUAAGGUUUUGAGAACAAGGGUAAACUAUAUUAACUAACAAUGUAUAAUAUUCAGUUAUUGCUGCUGUGUUGGCUUAUCUAAGGACUUGUUUUAAAAGUCUGGUUUGUCAAUCUUUGAAAAUCUUUUCUAUGUUCAAAAGAGCAUAGAUUUUUCAAGGAGCAAAACCUAAAGAGCACAUCAACCUGUAGAAGAUGUAUAAGUGACAUGUGCAUAAAAUUGUAUAAUAUGUGUCAAUUGCGUGCCUAAUGAUUCUAUCAAUAUGCUUUUCUUUAACAAAGAAUGGGAAAAAAUGAAAUGUCAUAGUCUCUCUUGUUCUGAACAGAUGAAAAUUUUUAUUUGGAGUUCCCAUUAUGUUUGUCCAUUGAAUGAACUUGGAAAAAGUACACUAAUAAAGCAUUAAAAAGAAA